CUUCCUGUUGUUCCCGGACUCUCUUCCGGGUUUGGGGUCCGGAGGUUUGGCCGGAGCUGCGCCCGGUGAGUGGAGGCGCCCCGGGGGGAGAGGGAAGAGGGCCGCCCGGGGAAGGGGCGAGGGAGGCCUUCCCUUAGCCGGGAGAGGUAGGAUCCUGACCCUGCACCCGUGUUCUGCGCUUGCGGGUCGCCCUGCACGUCGGAAUGCGCCCCAGGGAAACUCGCAGGCAGGCGGGCGGGCGAGGAGGAGGAGACCCAGUUCAUUGCGGCGCCUGGAUCUCUCCCAGGAAUCUGCCUGCCCCAGAGUCAGGCCCUCCAGCUCAGGGCUGCCCACACGGGCUGGCAGCAGCCGGGGACUUAAUAAUAAUAAUAAUAAUAAUAAUAAUAAUAAUAAUAAUAAUUAUUUAUACCCUGCCCUCCCCUGCCAAGACUGGGCUCAGGGUGGUUAACACCAAGUAUAAAAACAAUUGAUUAAAAUACUGUACAACAUUAGAAUGCAGCCUCAUUUCAGUAGAAACUCAAGUCAAAAACUUUUUUGGGGAUGAAAACGUCAAGUCUUCAGGGGUUCAGGCCGCCCUGGAGCUGCAGCCGACGGUCCCAGGUGCCAAAGGGGAUGCUCUGCCCCUGGGCUGUCUGAAUGUAAGAUUAUGGAGCGUAGUGAUUAAUGGAUAUCCAUGAGCAUGUACAGUAAUGCACGAUAUACAUAUAUAUUCUUAAGUCAGAUAAAUAGGAUAUAAUACUUAAAUAAUACUCGUAUUGUAUAUAAGAUUGUGCACAGAUAGUUAAUAUGUAUUACGUAAAAUUUAUAGUAGGUAGUAUAUAUUAUAAUAUUCAUGCGGCCCCUCCAGGUGGCAUAGCUGUCAACUUUUCCCUUUUCUUGCGAGGAAUCCUAUCCGGAAUAAGGGAAUUUCCCUUAAAAAAGGUGAAACAUUGACAGCUAUGCCAGGUGGCGCUCAGCCUUCUCCGUUUCUGUACUUGCAACAGCCCUGCGAGGGAGGCAAGGCGGGGACUGGCCCAGGGUGGCACCCAGUGAGCAUCAGGAUUCGAACCCUGGUCUCUGCCAGGACCUAGUCUGGCAUCUGAACUUCCGCCACCACUGACUCCUCAGAGCCAGGGAACUGGAAGAUUCAUUCUCAUGUUUUGCUUGUUUAUCCAGUAAUAACAGCCCAUGGUACCAAAUAGUAUGGGAAACAGCCUUAUUAGAAAAGCUAACUAAUAACUGACACGGGGAGAAAUGGAAGAAGAAUUUCUACUACAGUGGUACCUCGGGUUACAUACACUUCAGGUUACAUACGCUUCAGGUUACAGACUCCGCUAACCCAGAAAUAUUGCUUCAGGUUAAGAACUUUGCUUCAGGAUAAGAACAGAAAUCGUGCUCCGGCGGCGCAGUGGCAGCAGCAGGAGGCCCCAUUAGCUAAAGUGGUACUUCAGGUGAAGAACAGUUUCAGGUUAAGAACGGACCUCCAGAACGAAUUAAGUACUUAACCCGAGGUACCACUGUAUUAACACCAUUCUGUCUACAACCAUUUGUGAAAUAAGUAAAAUAACCAAGCAAGUAUCACCCCAGAAUUGGCCUUACUAAACAUCUUCCAAGACAGUAAUGCCCACUUACAUCACAAAGAACUCAUAACCCACCUACUUUCAGCAGCCAGAAGCAUCCUAGCCAGAAACUGGAGAGACCUGUCAGGAGUAAGCAUGGACCAAUGGUACCAAAUAGUCUGGGAAACAGCCCUACUAGAAAAAGUCACUAAUAAACUGAAACUGACACGGGGACAAAUAGAAGAAGACGCCUUCGCCCCGGUCUGGCUCACCUUUAUCACAUACACAGCCCAGCAAGACAAUGACAAAAAUCCACCGACAGCAUACAAAUCAGUAUGGCUAACCUGAUCCGAAACACCCACCCACCUCACUCACACACGAAAACAAAGACCACCACAGCCAACCACAAAUGAAUAACCACACCCUAGGCCAACCCCAACCUCUCUCACCACCAAAGGAACACAACAGCAGAGAUCUGCACAAGCAACGCUGACACCAAACCUUACAUAUAUUAAGUAAAAUAGAAACAUCGUCACCCGACCCCACCCCACCUCUUUCCCCAUUUUCUUCCUAAUGUCUCAAUAAAUGAAACCGAUUUGUAAAAAUGUUACAUGGGAAAAUAAUACGAGAGAGAGACAUUGCACACACUUUUGGAAAUCAAGAAAAUCUUUAAUAAAAAUACAUUAAAAAACAACAACAACCCUAAACCCCCAAAGGAUUAUAAUCUCCACAGUACUGAUGAUGGAGUGUGCAUGUAGUGGGGUGGUGGUCCAUGGGUGUUUAUUUUAUUAAGGAUUAGGAUUCCCCUCCUGGCAAAUUUCCUGUGCCUUUAGCUCAGGGCUGCCACCUUUUCAGCCUGCCACUAGCUGAUAUACUGACACCAGCAGCCGAUUAUCUUUCCAUGCCAUGGAAAAGCUUCACUUGCCAAACCUUAUUUAUCAUCCUGCUGAAUAAAACACAAGAGCAGACCAGGCUGCUGCUGUUAGGGUGAGUUGGCAACCCUACUUUAACAGCUGCAUGACUGGCAGAAAACUGGCAGGUAUGGAUUUCUUCCCAUGACUGCGUUUCUUAGAAAAUGGAUCUUCAGAAUAUCUCUCCCUGUAUCAUUUCUGCCUGUCAUGGGGGCUGUCAGUGGAGACUGAUGUGGAUUUCCUCCCUCUGCAGCUGAGGACAGACUUGCAGCAAGCUCUCUCACUUUUCUGGCUUGUGGGUUGUUGAUGUGGGUGGCGCAGAAAAAUGUGUUAGAGACAGUGGUUUUCAUAUAGAAUAAAUAGGUAAAGGGACCCCUGACCAUUAGGUCCAGUUGUGACCGACUCUGGGGUUGCGGCGCUCAUCUCGCGUUACUGGCCGAGGGAGCCGGCGUACAGCUUCUGGGUCAUGUGGCCAGCAUGACUAAGCCGCUUCUGGCGAACCAGAGCAGUGCACGGAAACGCCGUUUACCUUCCUGCUGGAGCGGUACCUAUUUAUCUACUUGCACUUUGACGUGCUUUCGAACUGCUAGGUUGGCAGGAGCAGGGACCGAAAGACGGGAGCUCACCCCGUCGCGGGGAUUCAAACCGCCGACCUUCUGAUCGGCAAGCCCUAGGCUCUGUGGUUUAACCCACAGCGCCACUCGCGUCCCUAUAGAAUAAAUAAAAGUGCUUUAAUGGUAACCCAUGGCCCUUUUAUUGAAUUUUCACAUGCUGUCUUCUCACCUGACUAGCUUCUGUCUUUUUACGGGAAGUUUGGUCUUUUCAGUGCUGAAGAUCAGACACCAGCAGAAAGGAAAAUUGCAAGGGUCAGUAUCUCCUACUAGGUUAAUUUUUAUUUAUUUAUUGUGUUUAGGUUUAUAAAGCGCUACUGAAACUUGACAAUGUCUGAAGAUGAAGAAAAGCUUAACUUGCGUCGCCUUGAGCCAGCCAUCCAGAAGUUUAUUAAAGUUGCCGUUCCAACAGAUCUGGAGAGGUUAAGAAAGCAUCAGAUAAAUAUUGAGAAGGUUUACUUUUUUCCCCUGAAUAUUAAGUUGAUAUUGUAUAAUUUUACUGACAUUAGCACAACUUAAGCAAAGCAGAGAUGCUUUGAUUGGAACUAAAGGUGGGCAAGUGUAAUUAGCUCUGUUGCACGACAAUUUCCGCACCCCUCCUCAAAAACCCCCCUCCACUUUCAAAGGUAGUUAAAAGUCCAUUCCUUUUCUUUAAAUUGGGGCCUUAAAAAAGGUAAAGGGACCCCUGACCAUUAGUUCCAGUCGUGACCAACUCUGGGGUUGCAGCGCUCAUCUCGCUUUACUGGCCGAGGGAGCCGGUGUACAGCUUCCGGGUCAUGUGGCCAGCAUGACUAAGCCGCUUCUGAAGAACCAGAGCAGUGCAUGGAAACGCCGUUUACCUUCCCGUCGGAGCAGCACCUGUUUAUCUACUUGCACUUUGACAUGCUUUCGAACUGCUAGGUUGGCAGGAGCAGGGACCGAGCGACGGGAGCUCACCCCGUCGCUGGGAUUCGAACCGCCGACCUUCUGAUCGGCAAGUCCUAGGCUCUGUGGUUUAACCCACAGCGCCACCCGCGUCCCAGUUGGGGCCUUACUAUUAUUUAAAAUGAGGCAGCCGAGGCAGCCUGGGGGUGCUCCCAUUUGCUACAGAACAGCUGAAUGGCUGGUCAUUAUUUGGGGAUGUUGGGAGGGUAGAGGUCUGCCUCCAUUGGCCAAUAUUUUGUUUGAUCUUAAAUGCAUGCUCUGGGUACCCAUUCAAGAGUCCUGCUAUAAACAGAGAAAAGAGGCUGUCUAAAGGUUUGGAUUGAGAGUUGCUUUUCAGUCUAUGCAUCUGCUGAGAUAAUAAUAAUAAUAAUAAUAAUAAUAAUUUUUAUUUAUGCCCCGCCCUCCCCAGCCAAGACCGGGCUCAGGGCGGCUAACACCAAGUAUAAAACAAUUGAUUCAAAUACAACUUAAAAACAAGAUUAAAGUACAACAUUAAAAUGCAGCCUCAUUUCAAUAGAAACUCAAAUCAAAAACUUUUUGGGGAUGAAAACGUCAAGUCUUCAACAUCAAAUGAGGGGACAAAUUGGUUGCAAUGAUUUUCAAAUGCAACUGGGGUCAAAAUUACCCCCCCAAUAAAUAACUAUUGCUUUCCAUGAACUCUGCAGGUAGUUAUGACCUCACUUGGCUGGGUUGCAAGUGUGAUUCUAAGUGGAAAAUAUCAUUUAUAAACAUCAGAUUUAUAAAGAGGGCUUGCAAGCCAGUGGGGGCUUCCCUGGCAUAAUAAGGAAGUGAGUAAUUUGUCGAUUAUGGGGGGGGGGGUUUUGCCCUCAAUGCUCUUUUCUCACAAGAAAGGGAAAGAGGAGGCUCUGGGCUAAGUAUCUGUAGACAUGAAAACUGUAAAAACCGUAAAAAGGCAAAUGGCAUUUUGCAAGGUUUCUUUGAGCCCUGAUACUUUAUGUGUUUCCACCUCCCAGCUCUCGUCAGUAUCUCUCUCCUCAUUCUCCAUCUUCUGCAGAGGGGUUAAGAGUGGCUACAUAGCAGGUGAAUCUUCCCCUGAAAAUGCUCAUCUAUUUCUCAUCUAGCUCAUCUACCGGCAGCUAGACUGGUGACUGGGGGCGGCUGCCGAGACCACAUAACACCGGUCCUGAGAGAUCUGCAUUGGCUCCCAGUACGUUUCCGAGCACAAUUCAGAGUGUUGGUGCUGACCUUUAAAGCCCUAAAUGGCCUCGGUCCAAUAUACCUGAAGGAGCGUCUCCACCCCCAUUGUUCUGCCUGGACACUGAGGUCCAGCUCUGAGGGCCUUCUGGUGGUUCCCUCACUGCGAGAAGCCAAGUUACAGAGAACCAGGCAGAGGGCCUUCUCAAUAGUGGCACCCGCCCUCCCACCAGAUAUCAGAGAGAUAAACAACUACUUGACAUAUAGAAGACAUUUGAAGGCAGCCCUGUUCAGGGAAGUUUUUAAUGUGUGACAUUUUGAUGUAUUUUUAAUUUUUGUUGGAAGCCGCCCAGAGUAGCUGGGGAAACCCAGCCAGAUGGGCAGGGUACAAAUAAUAAAUUAUUAUUAUAUUAUUAUUAUUAUUUUUCAUCAGAUUGUGGAUGGGGACUCAAAGCACCAGAUGAUGGUUCAAACCUUGUCACAAUUGAAGAGUCCCUGGAACAAGGAGUUGUGAAUGUCUUGCAUAAUGGCUUUUGUGACAUUUCUCAGCGUUGUUGGGUAACACUGGGCUCUCUUUGUUGAUGGAGGCUUAAGCUGGAAUUAGAGAGCAAAGUUUGCUGCAAUUGAGAGAGUGAGUCUGUCCCUUGGAAUGAUGUGUGCACAUAGCUUAUCUUACUGGUUUGUGCCAGCAGGCACUGGGAUAGCCUGUUCCCCAAACCCCACCAUUUCCUCUGCCUUAAGACAGCACAGGGAAUGGGAAAUGGCGAUUCUUUUUGUCCUUCCUUUCUCUGUAGACCCAUAAAAACACAUUUUUUUUCUCUCUCGCUCUUUCCUUGCCUUUAGUAUCAGAGAUGCAGACUGUGGGACAGGUUACAUGAAGAGCACAUCAAUGCUGGCCGUACGGUUCAAGUAAGUAGUUAGAAAAGUGCAUUCCAGUGUUUGUUGCUGGUUUUCCCCAGAAAAUAGCAGAAGCAAAAAUGCAAAGGUCUCCCCUUUCUCCUCAUAGGGCACUGUAGCUAACCUAAAGCCUAUCCAAGCUUUCCUCCUCCUUCCACUAUCCAACCUGUGUUGAAUCUUACAUUUGUCUGCUCCUUGGGGCAGGGACCUUUUCCCUUGCCUGCAACGAUCCUAUAACAACACACAACAGAGCUGCGCCGUUCACUCAAUUAUGAUACAACAACUGCAAAUGGCUUCAUUGUCAGCAACUGAAAAUACGAUGAGAUGUGAAAUAAGCAAGCCAUUUUGGACUCUAAUGUCAAGCACAAAUACCUUAGUGUUCUUAACUUGUAUGUUCAAUUGCUUUAAUAGUUUUUAAUAGGUGUGGCUGUUUUAUGCAUGUUUUUGUUGUCAAUUACUUUGGCUGGCGAUGCCUCAAGGGAAGCGAUUCAUAAAUGAAAUAAAUAAUAAUAUUUAUAUCCUGUUUUUUCUAAACCAAAGAAUGCACUCAAAAUACAGAAAGGGAGGAGAUGACAGUAUAGGUGGCCAUACCUGGAAGAUGUAGUCUCACAGAAAAUAAAAGGCAUUCUCUAUGCAGCCUUUAAAAGGUAAAGGUAAAGGGACCCCUGACCAUUAGGUCCAGUCAUGACUGACUCUGGGGUUGCGGCGCCCAUCUCACUUUACUGGCUGAGGGAGCCAGCGUACAGCUUCUGGGUCAUGUGGCCAGCAUGACUAAGCCGCUUCUGGCGAACCAGAGCAGCGCACGGAAACGCCGUUUACCUUCCCGCCGGAGAGGUACCUAUUUAUCUACUUGCACUUUGACGUGCUUUCGAACUGCUAGGUUGGCAGGAGCAGGGACCGAGCAACGGGAGCUCACCCCGUCGCGGGGAUUUGAACCGCCGACCUUCCGAUCAGCAAGUCCUAGGCUCUGUGGUUUAACCCACAGCACCACCCGCGUCCUCCCAAAUCUGUUUGGGAAUUGCCUGUGACCAGUACUUAAGCACUAGAGCAGUUAUCCCAGCAAGGGCCCAGGAGAGAUUCAGAGGCUUAUAUCAGGUCCAAGAACUGAGGCUUUCUGGGCCGGAAUGGACCUGCUGUCCCCGGAAUUUGCACCUGAUACCUGAACUAUUCUGUGAGGUAUGAAGAGAGCGCUAUUCAAUGGGUUGUGUGUAACCAAAUCCCCUGAUGGCAACUGUUAGAGGUCAUUCAAAUCAGAGAAUAACACUGGUCAACAACAAAUUUGUUGUCUGCGUUUUUUCAGUUGAUUUAGGACGAAUCUGAUGUGCUGAAUCCAAAAAUUCCAUUGGUUUUGCUCAAUCAGGUCAAGUUUUUGAGCUAUGGCCACAUGUCGUUUUUUUACGUUUUUGUUCACAUGUACGCUUGUGUGGAGCAUUUUAGAAGAAGUUGGUGGGGGUAAAAUGCCAUGUCGAAUAAUUGUUUUGAUUGGAAAUGAUUAUUUUAAUGACAAGAAGUAUUCAGGUCCGAUAGCUCUGGGUGAUUAUGUCGAAAAGGGAUCAGUUGUUGAAGGACAUGAAGAAGAAGAAGUGGUUCUUGAAGAUGAUGCUCCACAUCCAUUUUCCCAAAAGGAGUUGAAUGAUCUAGUUCGCGACCUCAGCUUGUCAAAGGACUCUGCCGAACUGUUGGCAUCCAGAUUGAAGGAAAAAAACCUCCUCUCUGACAGUGCUCACAUCAGCUUCUUCCACAACAGGUAUCAAGAGUACCUCCGUUUUUUCUCGGAAGAGAAGGACUUAGUGUACUGUGCAGAUAUUGCGCAGCUUCUGCUCAAGCUUGGAGUGCCACAGUACGAACCCAAAGAUUGGAGACUGUUCAUUGACAGCAGCAAGCGAUCACUGAAAUGUGUUCUGCUACACAACGACAACCAGUUUGCCUCUAUACCCCUGGCUCACUCGACUACACUGAAGGAGAACUAUGAAGCGGUGAAGUAUGUGCUGGAGAAAAUUGGUUAUGAUCAGCAUAAGUGGUUUAUUUGUGUUGACCUGAAGAUGGUGAACUUUUUGUUGGGACAACAGUCUGGCUUCACCAAGUACCCAUGUUUUCUGUGCAUGUGGGAUAGUAGGGACCGUGCUCAGCAUUACACGAAGAAGGACUGGCCUGUGCGGGAGGAAUUGGUGCCUUGCAAAAAUGGACGUCAUCAACGACCCUCUGGUGGACAGAGACAGAAUACUCUUCCCACCGCUGCACAUCAAGCUUGGCUUAAUCAAGCAGUUCACCAAGGCUCUGGACAAGGAUGGUGACUGCUUCACUUACUUGUGCCAGGCUUUUCCAGGAUUGACCAUGGAGAAGUUGAAAGCUGGCAUCUUUGACAGUCCUCAGAUCCGUCAGCUCAUCAGAGAUCCAGAGUUCGGAAACUCAAUGAACAAAGUGGAACUGGAAGCGUGGAAGGCAUUUGUUCUGGUAGUGAAGAACUUUCUUGGCAACAAUAAGGCCAGAAACUACGCAGAACUUGUCAACAACAUGCUGACUGCUUUCAGAAACCUGGGCUGCAACAUGAGCGUCAAGAUGCACUACCUAUUUUCACAUAUGGACCGGUUUCCUGAGAACCUGGGUUCAAUGAGUGACGAGCAGGGGGGAGAUUCCAUCAGGACAUGAAAGAGAUGGAGACCAGGUAUCAGGGUCGCUGGGACGCAGUCAUGAUGGCUGACUACUGUUGGACUCUGAAGAGAGACCUCCCUGCCGCUGAGCAUUCCAGGAGUUCCAAGAAACGGAAGUUCAAGCCCUGAAGUUUGAAAAAUGGUGAAGCAACAUGCAAUUUACGUGUACUUACCUUUAUCAAUGCCCACCAUUCAGUAUACAGUAAUCGAUGUUUCUAUCAGGUAAUCAAUAUAUGUUGUUGGAAAUUUUUUUUUCUCUUAAAAACAUAUUUAGGAUGAUAUUUGUUGACAAAAAUCAGCUGAUAAUGCCACAAAAAUGUAAUCGAUUUUGUCACAAGAUCUGAUUUUUUUUCAAAUUAACACAGCACGAAAACCUGACCUGAUGGAGAGAAACGGAUGCCAUUUCCUGAUUCAGCAGUGCAAAAAUACCCUAAAUCAGUUGUAGAAAUCUAGACAACAUUCAAAUAGUAAAAAAUUGUUGCCCAGUGUAAUUAAAGAGUGGGAGGGAGUGAAGGAAUAUAUGAAAAAAUAGGGUUCCGGGACUGGAAUAUUAAUAGAUAACGUGUAAAACGUGCAGGGGUAAGCAAGUAAAUAAUAAAAGAAUCAGCUGAACAAUGAUUAAAUUAUAACAACACAACAAGACGGAAGAAGAAGAAGAAAAAAAGAGAUCACACCUGGGUGAAGGGGAACGGGGGGUAUAGGGGAAUUUGAAAUAUUAUUUAUAAUAUAAAAGCUUUAAUAUGAAAUUUCUAACUGUGUUGUAUUUGUAUACAGCAAAGAGAAGUUUAGAGUAAUUAGGUAUAUUUUAAUUUAGUUAAUUAUGUAAUAGGUUUAUGUUAGAAAAUUAAUUAUGGAUGUUGAAUUUGAUGUUUGUCAUUUUUCUUUUUUCGGUUUUGGAAAUAAAAAAUUCAUAAAACAAAAAAACAAACAAAACAAAUCCCCCUUCUUGAAUUGUCCUUUCCAGCAGCUGCGAGCAAAUAUCCGAGAGAUGGAGAAGCUCUGCCUACGGGUCCGGAAGGAAGACCUCCACGCUUUGGAGAGGAUGAUUAACCCGGUGAAAGACCAGGCGUCGGUGGCCAUAAAGGAAUUUCUGCGGCUCCACUUGGAGUCUGCAGAAGAACUGAAGAGGCAGUUUAAGGAGAAAGAGGCGUUGCUCCAGUCCCCUUUAACCAGAUCAACCACCGUAGCAGGGGGUAUGAGUGCACCGUGUUCCUUUUUCAAACAAGUAUGUUUUUAUCGCCAAGAUAUCUGUAUGAUCUUUCUGGACCAGAGUUGAGAUGUCAUUUAACUGUUAAAUGACCCAACUGUGACAUGCAAAAGGUUGAAAGCUACGGGAAUGUUUAAGCCAAAGUCGCACACGUUGAAGGCGCUGGACGUGUUCCUAGUUUCUGCCGCUGAAAUCAAAGAGCAAAAAAAGCAGCCAGCUUGCAACUACAGUGGUACCUCGGGUUAAGAACUUAAUUCGUUCUCAUCCUGCAGCAAAGUUCUUAACCCGAGGUACUAUUUCUUUUCUUUUCUUUAAUUUUUUUUGGAAAAGUUUUUAUUGUUAAAAUAAUUCAGCAUUAAUACACACAUAUUGCGAAUUUACAAACAUACAUUUCAUACAAUCCUUAAAAAUGUUCAAACAUACCUACACUCAAUCCCACAGAUAAUUCCUUUUCCCAUCACCAUCCACCACCCCUCACCCCACCUUUGUGUUAGACUUCCAAUCUACUCAAUUGCAAUUUCUUUCCACUUCUAUUACUUUCUUUCACACAUCUUUAACCUAAUUUCAUGCUUCUUUUUCUAUUACGCAUUGUUAUCCAUCUUAUUUGGUAUUCCAGUAUUUAAAAUGGAACUUCUUUAUUCUAAUAGGAGUUCUGAUUUUUCAAUAUGGUUUUGCAAGUAUCCUUUAAACACCGUCCAACCCCUGUCUAUCUUCUCUUUUGAGAUCCUUCCAAUUUCUCCCAUUGUUUUGGAUAUAUUGUAGUACUCCAAUAAUUUGGCAAGCCACUCUGUUUUUGUCGUUAUAAUACCACUUUUCCAAUUUUUCGCAAUCAAUAGUCUUGCGGCUACUGUUGCGUAUAAAUAUAAUGUCUUGUCUUCUUCCUUUAGUCUUCCUGGUACUAUUCCCAAUAGAAAACCUUCUGGUGUUUUCCUAAAUGAAUAUCUGAACAUUUUUUCGUUUCGUUAUAUAUUGUUUCCCAAAAUUCUUUGAUGUUUAAACAAUUCCACCAUAUAUGUAUCAUAGUACCUUUUCCAGUGUUGCAUCGCAACACCGAGGUGCUAUUUCUGGGUUAGCGGAGUCUGUAACCUGAAGCAUCUGUAACCUGAGGUACCACUGUACUCCAAUAUGAAAACCAGGGGAAAUGUUUCAAUAUGCUGUUUCAGCAGCAAAAUGCAUUGGGCGGAACAGAAGAAGCUGCCCUAUACUGAGCCAGUCGGUUGGUCUGUCUAUCUCAGUAGAGUCUACACUGGCCGACAGCAGUUCUCCAGGGUUUCAGACAGAACAUUCACAUCCUACCUGAAGACGCAGAGGGGAGAACCUGGGAUCUUCUGCCUGCCAAGCAGAUGCUCUGCCACUGAGCUGUGACCCUUCCCUCGUUGCCCCCCCACCACACCUGCACAUAGUGCCAUUGCUUUUACUUCCUUAAAAUCCCCCCUGCCCCACCAGGGCCCACCUUUUCUGGGUAGCCUUUAAAUACACAUCAUCAUCAUCAUCAUAACUUGGCUUCUCGCAGUGAGGGAACCGCCAGAAGGCCCUCGGCGCUGGACCGCAGUGUCCGGGCAGAACGAUGGGGGUGGAGACGCUCCUUCAGGUAUACUGGACGAGGCCGUUUAGGGCUUUAAAGGUCAGACCUAACACUUUGAAUUGUUCUCAGAAAUGUCCUCGGAGCCAAUGUAGGUCUUUCAGGACCGGUGUUACAUGGUCCCGGCGGCCGCUCCCAGUCAUAAGUCUAGCUGCCGCAUUCUGGAUUAAUUGCAGUUUCCGGAUCACCUUCAAAGGUAGCCCCACAUAGAGCACAUGGCAGUAAUCCAAGUGGGAGAUAACCAGAGCAUGCACCACUCUGGCAAGACAGUCCGUGGGCAAGGAGGGUCUCUGCUUAAGAACUUCUAAGGAAUGAGAGUCCACUCCCAUUUAUCCGACGGCAGUUAAAUCGAAUUGGGGCAGAGGGCUGGGAGCUCUUUAGUUCUUGAUAGGUUAACCCUCUGGGAUCAUUAUGAGACUUUAUGAUCUUUCCACUCAGAAACGUUUUACGAUGCCAGCAACGAAGGACUCUCUCAGAGUUACAUCCAGACCUUCUCCCCUCUCCCCGAAAUCCCCCAGGAUCAAAACGCGGCGGAAUCGUGGGAAAUGCUUGAAGAGGUAGGCUGGGCUUCUACUCUGAGGGUCCCUUGGACAAAUCUAGAGGAGCAGAAGAAUAACAGCACAUUUUUUUGGCUCUCAUUGUAGGACUUGAUUGAGCUCAGCAACCUGGUGACGGACUUCUCUCUGCUUGUUAAUGUAAGUAUGGCAAGAUUAGGGUCUUAACGUUCCUUCAGCGUUCAGAAGAAAGGGGGCGAAAGAAAGAAGCUAGCUGCGCAAUUCUUACAUCUCUGGAGUGAGAAGAGGAAUAUGCAGAGAGUUUAGUCUGGCUUUCUGCAGGGGCCUGGAGUACGAGGGACCAUCUUGUGGAGAGGUGCCUUAUUAUGCACCCAAACUUAGCAGGAUUGACCUCCCCACACCUUGGCUGAUGCCUAGGGCAUUCAGUCCUGUUUUCGGUAUAAAUCUCCACUUAUAAUAAUAAUAGGCGACACGGGCAGCACUGUGGGUUAAACCACAGAGCCUAGGACUUGCCGAUCAGAAGGUCAGUGGUUCGAAUCCCCGCAACGGGGUGAGCUCCCGUUGCUCGGUCCCUGCUCCUGCCAACCUAGCAGUUCGAAAGCACACCAGUGCAAGUAGAUCAAUAGGUACCGCUCCGGUGGGAAGGUAAACGGCGUUUCCGUGCGCUGCUCUGGUUCGCCAGAAGUGGCUUAGUCCUGCUGGCCACAUGACCCGGAAGCUGUACACCGGCUCCCUCGGCCAGUAAAGCGAUAUGAGCACCGGCAACCCCAGAGUCGGUCACGACUGGACCUAAUGGUCAGGGGUCCCUUUACCUAUAAACAAGAAUAAUGUUAUACAAACCAGCAUACCAAGUUUUCUCAUGUCUUUUGUAUAUCGCAAAAAGAGCAUAAUAAACGUGGGAAAAUAUCUACAACAUAUGUUUCAUUAUUAGCAGUCAAUGUAGAAGUUCUUGGUUCAUGAAUUGGUUUAAACAAUUAAGAAGAGAAAGGGGGAAAAGGAGUAGGGGGGAAUGGUGAGUAGGGCCGGGUGGUUAUGUUUCUAUUAUUCUACUUAGAGGGGGUUGUGUCAAUUGUAUGGCCCACCCCCUCCUUUCAAGGUUAAUACCAGCAGUUUGAAUUGGGCCCCCAAAUGCACCAGUAGUCAGUGCAGAAUUACGCUCUGCGUUCGAAUUUUCUGGCCCACGACCACCUAGGCAGCCACAUUGCGCAUCGGUUGACAUUUCUGCAUCGUCUUUGAUGGCAGCCUUGUGGUGGUUGUUGUUGCUGCGUCGAUUAGUCGUGUCCGCCUCUUUGUGACCCCCUGGACCAGAGCACGCCAGGCACUUCUGUCCUCCACUGCCUCCCACAGUUUGGUCAAACUCAUGCUGGUAGCUUCGAGAACACUGUCCAACCAUCUCGUCCUCUGUCGUCCCCUUCUCCUUGUGCCCUCCAUCUUUCCCAACAUCAGGGUAUUUUCCAGGGAGUCUUCUCUUCUCCUGAGGUGGCCAAAGUCUUGGAGCCUCAGCUUCAGGAUCUGUCCUUCCAGUGAGCACUCAGGGCUGAUUUCCUUAAGAAUGGAUGCGCUUGAUCUCUUUGCAGUCCAUGGGACUCUCAAGAGUCUCCUCCAGCACCAGAAUUCAAAAGCAUCAAUUCUUCGGCGAUCAUCCUUCUUUAUGGUCCAGCUCUCGCUUCCAUACAUCACUACUGGUAAAACCUUGUGGAGAAAGUCCAUUAUUGUGGGUCAGCUUUGAAUGGAAAGGGAUGGAAAUAGGCUUCAGCCAAAAAAGGCUAUUUUUAGUUUUCAGAAGGCUCCGCGCUUGGUACUUUGAAGUGGGGUGUGUGCUUUUGUUCUGCCGUUUCGCUUGAAAACCCUUUUGUGUCUUCUAGGCUCAGCAGGAGAAGAUCGACAGGAUUGAAGAUAACGUCAACACGGCCGCCGUGAAUGUUGAAGAGGGGACCAGGAAUCUGUCCAGGGUAGGGCUCUCUCCAUCCAUCUCCUGGCAAACCAGUGGCACUCUGCUUUCCAGCAAUACUCCAUUGAAUCAAAACAUCAUAGAAUCUUAGAAUUGGAAGGGACCCCGAGGGUCAUCUAGUCCAACCCCCGGCAAUGCAGGAAUCUCAGCUAAAUCCCUGGCAGGUGGCCCUCCAACCUCUGCUUUAAAACCUCCAUGGAAGGAGAGUCCGCUGCCUCCGGGUGGGAGCCGACUCCACUGUGGAGCAGCUCUUACUGUCAGAAAGGUCUUCCUGAUGUUGAGUUGGAAUCUCUUUUCUUGUCACCUGAAUCCAUUGGUUCAGGUUCUGCCUCUGAAACAGCAGAGAACACCAUUUUUCAUGUGACACGCCUCCCUCAUAAGCUACAAUGACAACUCAGCCUGGAGCCAUAAGAAAGCCAUAGGAAAGGCUGCAGUUCAGUGCCUCCUCCUAAGGUAGUCUUUGGCGAUCCCUCGUAGCUGACGAAGAUUGUCUUCCAUAAACACGGUUUUAACAAUGAGCCCAUAAGUGACUGUGGAGGCCAAUUCUGGAUCCACACCUCCUUCCACAGUGGGGACAUUGGUUUAUUUGGUUCUAUGUUUUCAAGAGAAUUCAUCAAGAGUGCAUUUUCUGUGACUUUCAGAGAUUUAGAAUAUUUCUGUUUAAUAUUUAUUUAUUUAUUUAUUUAUUUAUACCCCGCCCUCCCCAGCCAAGAGUGGGCUCAGGGCGGCUAACAAUCAAUAAUAAAAACAAGAUUAAAAUACAACAUUAAAACAUUGAAGUGCAUUAAAACUCCAACACAUAUGGAUGGAAGACUUUCUACAAGUGUUACUAAGUGGGAAUUUCUCUUUCGACUAAAGGAUUUUGAUUGGAUCAUUAUUUUUUUUAAAAAAAUUAAUUAUCCAAUAAGUUAUGAAGAAGCAUAGGGGAGAGCUGGUUUAUUUUGUCUGUUUGUUCUGUUUAUUUGCUUUUGCAGAGAGUGCAUAUUUCAUAUAUUUCAUAUUGUUUUACCUUUUGUAUAGAUUACAGUGGUACCUUGGGUUACAGAUGCUUCAGGUUACAGACUCUGCUAACCCAGAAAUAGUACCUUGGGUUAAGAACUUUGCUUCAGGAUGAGAACAGAAAUCGUGCUCCAGUGGCGCGGCGGCAGCAGGAGGCCCCAUUAGCUAAAGUGGUACUUCAGGUUAAGAACAGUUUCAGGUUAAGAACGGACCUCCGGAAUGAAUUAAGUACUUAACCCGAGGUACCACUGUAUAAAAAGAGUUUAUAUUGACAUUGCAUUGUUGUACUUGGUCAUCGUGUCGCCUUUGGAUAUUACUGACAAUCUCCGGGUAGCAGGAGCAACCCAUCCCACGUCCCACCCCCCGAUUAACUACCGCUGUAUAAGACGACCGCCCCCUUUUCUGGCAAAAUUUUCUAAGAAAAAACCCUUGUCUUCUACGUGGAAAAGUACUUUCUCGCAACACCAGCUCACUCCUUUCUCUUGUCUUCCUUCUUCUCCAGGCUGCCAAAUUCAAGCUGGCCGCCUUGCCUGUCGCUGGCGCCCUCAUUGGCGGAGUCGUGGGGGGUCCUAUCGGGCUCCUGGCUGGGUUCAAAGUGGCCGGCAUUGCUGCUGCGCUGGGCGGCGGAGUUUUGGGCUUCACGGGUGGGAAGCUGAUCCAGAGGAAGAAGCAAAGGAUGAUCGAAGGCCUCUCGGCUCCAUCCUCCUGCAGCUGCCCAGAUCUCCCCAGACCAAGCGACCGAGAAUGUAGCUGAAGGGGGGCUCCUCUGGUGAGCCGCCCACCUCCGCUGUGGAUCCCCCUUGCGCCCGACGGACCUGAAGAGCAGAUCCAGCCCUGGCAGCCUUUGGAAAGGGUAACCCCGAGUCCCUCUCUCCGGCCGGGGCAGAGAAGGCUCAUCCUUCCAUUUUGAAAACAGAGCCCAAGGGAGGAAGCCAGAGGCAGGUCGGAAGACGUGUGCCAAAGGAGCAGCUUUCUCGUCCGAGAAUUAAGGGGGCGUUGUUCGCAAGACACCUUUUCCUGGAGAAACAGACAAGGGAGAUUUUAAGUCGUAAAUUUUUCAGUGCCUGGUCCAUCUUCCCUGCAAGCGUACAAAUAAAUGUCUCCUUCAGGGUUCUUUGUGGUGGAAUCUUUAGCCAAGUUUGAAGUUCAAAGCCUGGACUCUUUUCAUACACCUGUUUGGCUCAGGUGAAGUAACUGACCCUCUCCUUUGCCCAAGUGCUGUAUUCUUAUGAUUAUUUUUUUUUAAGGUGCAGACUUUCCCUAAACUUAACCUUUCAGGCUUUAGGACAGAAGUCCUGCUCUUCCUCUCUCUCUCUUUAUAAAGUGUCGCUUUUAGGAAAAUCGGAACUGUGCUUUGCGAACGAAUCUUCACAGUGUUUCAGGUUCUCUUCGGAAGUAUCCGCUAUCGACCACCAAGUGUUGGAGGACUCUGUGGUGGCCAAAUUUCUGGAUAUAUUGGACGGGACACUGAUCUCCCAUAAUCCCUUUUCCCCAUUGCCACAUCGGCCAAAUUCUGAUGGGAGGGAAUCAAAGAUGAGCCAAAGAUAACGCCAUACUGUGCCAUUGCUCUCCUGACAGUUGGGGUUUUUUUGCUGGGUGUUGAGUUUUCUGAAUACAAAGCCUUUUUCUUUUUAAGUGCUCCAAGGUUUAUAGGUAAAGUUUGAUACUUGCUUAAAAGGAAUUCCAUUUUUCUCCGGCACAAAAGAAGUCUUAAUUCAUCGUCGGAAGACGAUGUCUCUGCAUCUCAGUCCUACCCAGGGCUGGUAGCAGGAAGGGUCUCCUUGAAAUUGUGCGAUUGUUUCUCAUCAAGGUUUGCAUCUUACUUGAAGGCCAAGACCUGUGGCUUCUUCGUUCCUCUGACAGCGGACUCGGGACUUCAACAUUGUUGUCUGGCCUGUACAGAACAGUAUACAGAAGAUUAGGAUUCUGGUUUCAGUGGGUCGCCCUGUUGUGUGGGUCACAAGCACCACCCUCUACCUGAAAACCACUAUUAAAUAUUUUGAACUGGCCCACCUCAACCCAAAGAUGGUAGUGAGGUUGUGGGGAACGUCCAUUAUACGCCAUUUGUUAAGCAGAGCAGCAAAUUGUUUUCCUGGGUGAUUGAAUUAAAGCGGGAGUUCUUAAUGACAGGGGAAAUAAAAAACAUUUUAAAAAUUGUAGUUACUUGUGUGUUCAGAGACCGUCUUUUAUGAAAGCAAAAGAAAUCGCCACUCGACCGUUUGAUCCGUGGAGUUGCCACUGUUUCAGGUCCCACGUAAUAGCCACUCUGCAUUUAUCAGACCUUCGGAACUCCCUGUCUAUUGACGCGAGGCAGGGGCCUUCACUGUAUUCUUUUUGACACCCGACACUUUUUUUUAGGUGAGCCUAACAGAGUUGAUUCGAGUUUUAAUCUGUUAUUGCCGCUGUUUUGAUUUCUGGAGCCUUUAAUUAUUGUUGUUAAUUCUUCCCAAUAAUUUCAUGGUUUCCUGUUUUUUUUAAACCGCUUUGAGGGUUUUUUAAAAAACACUCCAGCAGUGUAUAAAUUUUUAUGAAAUAAAGAUAUCUAUAUAU